GCUGUGUGUUGCCGUGCGCGCGGCGGCUGGGUGAGAAGAGGGGGGAGCGUUGCCAUGAGCGGGAGUCGCGGCGCGCGCGGUAGCGAGAGGGGAGAGACGGGAGCCGGGCGCCUCCGCCGCGGUCGCCGCUGAUUCCGGACGCGGACACCGCCGCUGCGUGUGUGUGUGUGUGCGUGCGGAGCGCACUCGGGGGUGACCGAUGAGACGCGGAGCCCCCGUCGCGCUCCACCGCCGCGGGGGAACACGGACGCCUCUAUAAUGGGCUGCAGCCUGUGCGCCUUGCGCAAGAGAGAGGAGCGCUACAGACUGCUGUAUGAGAUCGCUCAGGUGAACGGGAAGGUCGUCUCCAAGGUGACGGCGGAGGAGGCGGCGGAGGCCUUGCGCGGCGGCGGGGACCCCAUGGCGGCGCAGGUCCCGCAACGGAACCCCGCCUCCCCGGGCGGCCAUGGCAACCCGCGGGACGCGCGGCUGGCGGACGUCUGCACGCAGACCGACAUCACCUUCCAGCACAUCAUGGCCCUGGCCAAGCUCCGCCCCCUCACCCCCCCGCUGCCCGACCUGUGUCCCUUCCUGCUGUCUGACAGCUGUCACUCACUGCAGACCGUGGAGCAGGAGUUCUACGAGGGCACGGAGUACCUCUCUCACACCCCCGCCAGCGGAGAGAGGGCGGACGAGUUCGAGUACGAGGAGGUGGAGCUGUGUCGGCUGAACAGCCAGGAGAAGCUGGGCCUGACGCUGUGCUACAGGACGGAUGAGGAGGAGGAGGACGCCGGCAUUUACGUCAGCGAGGUGGGCCUGGACAGCGUCGCCGCCAGAGACGGACGCAUCAGGGAAGGGGAUCGAAUCUUACAGAUCAACGGCCAGGACGUCCAGAACAGGGAGGAGGCGGUGACCGCGCUGUCCGACGAGGACUGCCGAAACAUCCUGCUUCUGGUGGCCAGGCCUGAAAUACAGCUGGAGGAGGGGUGGCUGGACGAUGAGCAGAGCCGCUUCCUGGAGGAGCUGAAGAUGGAGAUGUUGGAAGAGCAGCGGAAGGAGGAGGACCAGCGCAUGAGCAGCGGAGAGCAGCAGCCCAAAGGCUGUGAGGAAGAGGAGGAUGAAGAGGAGACCACCACAGACGCGACCACCCGUUCCUCCAACACCCAGGACCCGGUGGAACCGGAACCGGGGCCCCCGUCCCGCGCGACGGAGCAGGAGGGCGUGCAGCGGGAGCUGCGCCUCCUCAGCGAGGAGCUGAGGAGCAUCGAGCGCGAGUGCCAGAGCAUCAUGCAGGCCCGCCGGCUCCGCCUGGCCCGGGACCCCGCCCCCAGCCCCGCCCCCGCCGACAAGGACAGCUCCAGCGCCUACGACACGGCCGAGAGCUGCCGGAGCACGCCGCCGCCGCCGGCCCGCCGCCGCUCCCCCGACCGCUCUGCCCAGAGCGCCGUGAGCGCCGCCAACCUGAGGAACCUGAGCAGGACCGCCGCCCCGCCCGCGCCGAGCCUCUCCCCGAGUCGCCACGGCGACGUCCCGGCGCACGCCCGCCGCUACCAGAGCUCCGCGCACCUGGUGCAGCAGAGCCAGCUCGGCCUGCCGACCGCGGGCCGAGACCCCCCGCCGCCGCCGCCGCCGCUGCAGCGUGCCGAGUGGAGGGCCCAGCGCUGCCCGGCCCGGCGACCCGCCCGCGACCGCCUGCUCCGCGAGCGCGCCCUGAAGAUCCGCGAGGAGCGGGGGGGCGGGGGCGGGGGCACCACCACGGACGACGACGCCGCCAGCGAGCUGAAGCUGGGCCGCUACUGGAGCCGGGAGGAGCGCAAGCAGCACCUCCUGCGGGCCCGGGAGCAGCGGCGCCGCAGGGAGUUCAUGAUGAGGAGCCGGCUGGAGAGCCUGAGGGAGAGCCCGCAGAGCGGGGGCGAGGGGGGGGGCGGGGGUCGGAAGGAGGUCUCCAUACUGGAGCUCAGCCGCAGGAAGAUGAUGAGGAAGCGCAGGCGGAAGAUUCUGGAUAACUGGAUGACCAUCCAGGAGCUGAUGAGCCACGGGGCCCGGAGACCAGAGGACACCGGCGUGCACAGCGCCUUCCUAUCCGUCACCACCGUAUGAGCCUCGCCCCUUCCUGUCCGUCACCACCGUAUGAGCCCCGUCCCUUCCUGUCUGUCACCACCGUAUGAGCCCCGCCCCUUCCUGUCUGUCACCACCGUAUGAGCCCCGCCCCUUCCUGUCUGUCACCACCGUAUGAGUCCCGCCCCUACUCCGCCUCGCCCUGUC